GACUGCAGAUCGCCAGUCACGUUGCAAGGUUGUUCCUGGCUUCAGUGUGAUGUGUCAGCUUCCUAAACAAGCUUUUAAGUUUGUGGUAAGGGAGUUUUGUACUGUAAAAGUGAUAUUCACAUACCUGAAGAAUUCACUGUAGGGGUAAACUGGGCAACAUAUCCCGUGAAUAAUCGAGUAUGGAACAUUCUGGGAAAGAGAAAGAAGCUUUGCAGCUUAUUGCUGAGGCUGAAAAGAAAGUGAAGUCGUCUCAGUCCUUUUUUUCUGGCUUGUUUGGGGGCUCUUCGAAAUUAGAAGAAGCUUGUGAACUCUACGCAAGAGCAGCUAACAUGUUCAAGAUGGUGAAAAACUGGAGUGCUGCUGGGAAUGCCUUCUGUCAGGCAGCUAAGCUCCACCUUCAGUUACAGAGUAAACAUGAUGCAGCUACAAGCUUUGUUGAUGCUGGAAAUGCCUUCAAAAAAGCUGAUCCUCAAGAGGCCAUCAACUGUUUGAAUAGAGCCAUUGAAAUUUAUACAGACAUGGGUCGUUUUACUAUAGCAGCUAAGCAUCACAUUUCAAUAGCCGAGAUUUUUGAGACAGAACUUGUUGAUAUCGAUAAGGCUAUAGCUCAUUAUGAACAGGCAGCAGAUUACUACAAAGGUGAAGAAUCAAACAGUUCUGCUAACAAAUGUUUACUGAAGGUUGCAACAUAUGCUGCCCAACUGGAACAGUAUCAGAAAGCUAUUGAGAUAUAUGAACAGGUUGGCACCAGUGCGAUGGACAACACACUGCUGAAAUACAGUGCUAAAGACUACUUCUUUCGAGCAGCUUUGUGUCAUUUCUGUGUUGAUAUGCUCAAUGCAAAGCUGGCUGUACAGAAAUAUGAGGACCUUUUUCCAGCUUUCUCAGAUUCCAGAGAAUGCAAGCUAGUGAAAAAGUUAUUGGAUGCUCAUGAAGAACAGAACAUUGAUAGCUACACUGAUGCUGUAAAGGAAUAUGACUCAAUUUCUCGUCUAGACCAGUGGCUUACCACUAUGCUUCUCCGCAUUAAAAAGACCAUCGAGGGUGACCUGCGCUAAACAUAGAACUGAUGGAAAUGACUAUUGAUGAAAUUUUCCAUCACAGUUGCAGAAGACUGGUUGGAAGCGGACGAGGAGUGAUCUCACGUUUAAAGCAAAAAUCAGCACUUAAAGAAACAAAACUCUGAAUCGCUAGAAGUACAUUAAUGUUUUUGGUGGGAGAACAUCACAAUGGUUCAUAUGCUGGCAAAAAUAUCAUCAAAAGACAAUUCAGCAGUAGUCACAAACACAUUUUCUGUCCUUUGGAUAUUAUCUCCCAUUUUGGUUAUUUUUCCAUGACCUUGCAUACAUUUAAUUUUCUUUUCAAGCCCCCUUCUGAAUUAAUUGACAGCUUGCUUAUAUUGUCUGCUUGAAAGUUGUGCUUUUCCUUUUUGUAUCCUGACUUAUUGCCAUGAGAGCAAGUCUGCUUUUGCUUAUUGCAUUAUGACAUCAGCCAGAGAGAAGUAUGUAAACUUGUGUGGGUGGAAGUGUUUGUUUUAAUAAGAAUAACACCAUGUCACUAAAUAAUUAGGCAGGAAAUUCAUUUCCUAACCCGAAUGUAAGCCAAAUUUGUGUCCAGUUUUGUUUUGGUAAAGCUGUCUAGAAGCUGUCAUAUUCUCUUUAAUAACUUGUCUGCAGGAAAAUAUGUAGUAUGUGGUGCUAUUUGUAUGUAAAAAUUCUAGUGUAUCCCAUUCACAUCUGUUUUCAGUGUAGUUUCCAGUGUGUUUUAAAGGGAAAAAAGUGCAGAGGUUACAUUUGAUUAUAAUAGUAUGUACCCAUUAAGUAGCAGUAAUAAUUUCUGACAUAUAGACUUUAAUUGGUCACUGUACACUUAGGCUGCCUACGUGACCACUUGAAGUUUUUUGGUGAACUGAUGAGAGAAAAAUGCAAGGUUUGUACCUUUAGCAGUGCUAUAAGAUGGAAAAGAGAGGCAUAAUUACAAGCACAUCUGCUUUCCAGAAAUAAGUUUUGGUUAUUUCAGUUUAUGCGUCACAUGUAAGGAAUAUAUUAAACAUAUUAGUCAUAUUUAAAUCUGCAUACAAGAAAAUGUUUGGAAAAAUAAUAUUAAUUGAAUUUUGAUAAUUUAAGAUCUUGAGGCCAGAAUGGAGCUUUAAACGUGAAGUUUGUCUUUUUUACAUAAUUAAACGUCAGACUGUAUAAGUAUACUUUCAGAUAUGAAACCCAUGCAUGUCCCCUAUUUCUUUUACCUAAAUAAAAUAUUUAAUUGUAAAUAA